CAUUUCUAAACCCUUCCAUCUGGAAAGGAUUACAGGACACAGUAUGCAGCUGGCAUCAACAGCAAUCCCGAUGUUGGCCCAUCUUGGAAGAGCAGAACUCUUUUAUCAAAGAAGAACAAUAACAGACGUCUUGAAUGAUAACUCCAGAAAGUGUUAUGUUUGUUUACUAUUAAAAUUAGUUGUUCUGUGUUUUUGGACUGCUGUAAUGAUGGGAGAUCCAACAAGCCUAAAAGUAUUCCGAGAGUCGUGGAAAAGAGAGAUAGAAAAGAAGGUUGAGCUUCACAAUCAAGUGUCGGAAUCGAAGGAUUCUACUGUUAAAAUCCCAGUCCCAGGUAGUGGGUGUAGUGCCUUAUGUAAAAAUUCGAGUGAGAGAGGUAUAUCCUCUUUGCAUUGUGUUGGUUCUUGUAAUGAAAGGUCAGAAUUGAGAGGACUGAGACGGUCACUUGGACUCCGUGAUUCACGAAAUAACCCAUUGGCUAAUAGCAGUAAACGAGAGGAAGAUUUCAGUUUGUUGAACAGACUUAUCAACUCCGAUGAUGGCACGAAAUCCGAGGGAAGAACUUCGUGUACUUUAAGACCUUUUCAGAUUGCUGGCGAUCUGUUACGUGGAAAAACAUGGGGUGAUACAAGUAUUGAUUCACAUCUAUCCAGUUCUAAACGCAGGAAGUGUGAGACCAAUGAGGAAAACUCAAAAUUAGAAACAGGAACAGACAAAACAAAAGAACGAUUUCUUGACAGACUGCUUGCAGAUUUGGAUGAAAUCAAUGAGAUUCCAUUCUUUGACCUCAACUUGUCCAGAGAAGUAGCCUUGAAUAUUUUCCAGCACCUUAGUUUGACAGAUUUAUGCAGAUGUGCACAGGUGAGCAGAAGCUGGAAGAGUAUAGCAGAAGAUGAGCAUCUUUGGUGCAAAAUUUGCCACAGAUAUGGCUAUGAAACAAGCAGUAAGACUAUAGACAGGAAAUGCUGGAAACAAAUCGCCAAGGAGUGCGUGCUUUAUGAGUUGCAUCUUAAAGAGAACUGGAGGCAAAGACUAGGGCAUUGUUAUGCAGUAGACUACAUACAUGGUGGAGUUUUAUGUUCAGCAAACACAUAUCAUACCUCGAUAGUAGCAGGGUACACCAGUGGAAAUGUGAAAUUUCAAGAUCUUUCUACUGAGAACACAUAUGUCUUUAAACCAUCAAACACAUCUCUUGUUUUGAAUGAGUCUGAAGACAUGGGCACCAUUACAAAUUACAUCACUUCUGUUGCUGUCAAUGAUACCAUAACUGUAGCAGGUUUUAACCAAGGUUAUGUAGACAUAUGGAGGAAUAGCUCAGAUAGCCACCCUGUUCAUUCUGUUCACUGUAAUGCACCAGUUAGAGCAGUUUCACUGGCCCAGGAUUCUGCUUUAGCUGCUGUCACCUAUGGAACCUUUCUCAGGCUAGAGCAGGGGGACAGCAGCGGCCAGUUCCACUGUUUGGAGCAGCUGGAUGCAGGAGAAGUUGUAUCUGGUUUACAAAUAGUCAAGAAUCACCAAACGUCCAGCCCCGCUGACCAGUACAUGGUUGUCAUGACAACCAAGGAAUCAGUUAAGAUUCAUAUUCCUGGACACGGUGCCCCUAGCUGUAUCCACUCCAUCUUUGGUGCCCCUGUCACAUGUCUGGAUGCCAUGUCCACUACUGUGGCCUGUGGAGUGACCACUGCCCUGGACUACACUACUGCUGGGAUCAGUCUGUACAGGGGGAAGAUAUAUUUGUACAGCCUUAUGACUGGUAAAGAAAUGUAUGUACUUGAAGGAGAGUGCAAUGCAGUGUCAUGCAUUGACAUGUCACAGUUUGACAUUGGUCUUUUGUGUACAGGCAGUGAUGACAGAAGAGUACGAGUAUACGACAGCCGAGCUGGUGCCAGGCAUCCAGUCCACUCCUUUAGUGGACAUGGUGCUGCGGUGACAGUGGUGCACAUGGAUGACUGGAAAGUGGUGUCAGGUGGCGCAGAGGGACUGGUGUGUAUUUGGGACCAGAGAAUGGGCAGCAAACUAUGGGAAGUACAUAACAGACACCCUGUGAGACACUGUGCAUUUACAGACAAGCACCUGGUCAGUGCACAUGUUCCUAACAACAAGUUUCCAGAGAACUAUGAGUUGGACAAUAUCUUACACAAGAGAUACAGAGGCACAGUGCAGGUUUAUGACUUCAGUGUAGAUCAGUCACCAGAGGGCGUGCCUGAUGUCUGCCUGUCAACAUAUGAUGAACCAGACAGAGCCAAGGGAACAGUAGGACUCAUGGUGCCUUAUGACAAGCUAUGACCAGACUUUAGAAAAAACUUUUUUUUUGUUAAAAUGCUUAGAUAUAUUAAAUCCCAUGAUUUUCAUAUCAGAGGCUCUGCUUAUGAUGAGCCAGUCGGAACUCAGAACAGCUCUCAAUGUCUGGAGUGUAGGGAGCCUGACCACCUCAGUAUCUAAACAAGAGAGAAAUGAGUAACCCAAGACUGCAUUCUCAGUCAAACAGUGCCUGUUAUCUCAGCAGACUGCAUGAUUACAGUUUGUUAUCAAAGGAAUCCAGGCCUCAAUUUCAAUUUCAGUAAUGGUGGGCAGGAAGUCCGUGCCAAAUAAUUGGGGUGCUGGGAUUAGAAGUCAUGAUUACACAGUCUACUGAGAUUAAUAUGCACCAAGUGAAGUUCUCACCGUCUGACUGGAUAUAUAUGCAGUAUAUAAGUCCCUUACAUACCAAGUAUGUAGAACAAAGAUGCAAGGCAUAAGCCUGUGUUUGGAAUUUUGGGAUUAUUAGCCUUUGUAGAACAUAAUACCCAGAUGAUUGAAUGAUAAAUCAAUUUGUGGAGAAAUGGGUGUGCAAAAAGUGAAGACUGACUAAUAUAAAUUUUAUCAGGAAGAAUCUCUAGAGAAAUCAUCCAUAACCUAUGGAACAGUGAAAAUAGGGGUCAGGAGUAUCAACAAGGCUCAGAUGUCAGUUUUUAAUUUUGUACUUAUUGACCAUCUUGACAAACAGUCGAGCUUUCAGUGCUUGUGAAUGUGUGAUUACAAUUUAUAGAAAUAUUAUUUAAAAAAGUUCUGUGGGUAUAAUAUGUAAUGGAAAAUUGUGUAAAGUAUUUGACUGCAACAGAACCCUUAUUACAUUCAUGUAAUACGCUGUUUCCUGUCCAAUUCCAUGAGAUAAGGCAUGGGCCAGGAGUAUCACUUAAAUGACUUGCAACGCUUCUAUUGAUGUUGACGCGGGCGUCACCAUAUGCGAUUUAAUCUGAUGAAAUCUGAUGAUUUUAAUAAAAA